AUGGCGUGUUUAGGCCAGGAGGAACUUUGGCAUGUUUAUGGGCCCAAAGGAAACAGAAGAGAGGAUGAGCUGCAGGGAGAAGAGGGAUUUUCAACCCUGGCUGCGCAUUCAAGUCACCUGGGUAGCUUGAAAGAGAAAGACGAGUACGUCCCUUGCGCCCUCUGCCCCCAGCUCCGACUUACUCCCUGGGAUGAGGCCACGUCUUCCUCUUGGUCGUUCCAGCCCAUAGCACAGUGCGCGGCACCCAAGGUACCAGGCAGAGUUACACAGCUGUGCCGCCAGUAUAGUGACGCGCCCCCUCUGACUUUAGAGGGCAUCAAGGACCGUGUUCUUUAUGUGUUGAAGCUCUACGACAAGAUUGACCCAGAGAAGCUCUCAGUAAAUUCCCAUUUUAUGAAAGACCUGGGCUUAGACAGUUUGGACCAAGUGGAGAUCAUCAUGGCCAUGGAGGACGAAUUUGGGUUUGAAAUUCCUGAUGUAGAUGCGGAGAAAUUGAUGUGCCCACAAGAAAUUGUUGAUUACAUUGCAGAUAAGAAGGAUGUGUAUGAAUAGUUACCAGGAUAAUCAAGUGGUGAGGCUUUUUAAAUAAAGCAUUGUCUUGGUGCCUGUAACUUCAGUUACUCUGGAUGUAGCACCUGGAAGAUCUUCGAGCAAAGUUGGUAACAACACACCGAGAGAAACACUGCACUUACUGUCUCUUCCAGACCCCCUUCCUUCACUGAGAGAAGACUCGGAGAUGCGAAUGUCUGGCAGCGAGGACACACUGUGACAUCAUUGCUGACAUUGACAGAGCAAUUCUGUUUAGACUUGUAUUUAAAUUGUUUUGUGUUUGUGCCCUUCGAAAAUAAAUCUAUAAAACCAA